AUUUUUUUGUUUCACUAUAAAAGUAGGACAAAAAUAAAAUUUCAGAAUCAUUCUCAUUUUUUUUGUUGUUGUUUACCAUUAAGAUUUCCAACCAAGAAAAAAAACUAUCUCAAAAAUGAAAAUUUUUAUCGUUGUCUGUAUGAUGGUAGCCGUAACUUUGGCUCAAUCUGAUCACCAUGAUCACCAUGAACAUGAUCAUCAUGAUCAUCAUGAACAUGAUCAUGAAGAACGUCAUCGUAUGGCCGAAGAUCUCAUUAAACGUGGUCAUGCAUUGUUACAUUUGAUUCGAGAAACAAUGGAAAAACAUCAUGGUAAUGAACAUUUAUUGGAUGCUAUUCAACAUCAAGCCGUUUUGGUUGAAGCAUUGGUCAAAGAUUUAGAAUCUCAACAUAAAGUUGAAAAUGUUAUGGAAUUACAUCAUUUACAUUUGAUCGAAGAAGAUUUAUUACAUUUUGAAAAUCGUGUCAGUGAAGAGAUUGCCAUUUUGAUGCAUGAACGACACCAUGAACAUCAUGGUGGUGAAGAAUUGAUCCGACGUGGUGAAGAAUUAUUGCGUCAAGCACAAGAUGUCGUUGAAAAACAUCGUCAUCAUGGUGAUAGAGAAUUGGAAGCCAUUGAACAUGAAAUGCAUGCUGUCCAUCAUUUAUUGGAAGAAAUUCGUAAACGACCAGAAGGACAUGAUUUCCAACGUGAAGAAGAAGCAUUGAAACGACAUGAAGAUUCGUUGAAACACUUAUUGGAACGUGUUCAUCAUCGUCAUCAUCAUCAUGAUGAACAUCAUCACGAUGAAGACCAUCAUGAACAUCAUCAUGAAGAAAACCACCAUGAACAUCAUCAUGAAGAUGAUAAUUAAAUUAAAAAAUAAACUUUCUUUCGAUGAAUAUAUUAAUAUAUUUGUGAAUUUAUCAAUAAAACAAAUAAUUUAUUUCAAUAA